UAAGUUGUUCAUUUAAGCGGGUUGUGGCAUUCUAUACAAUCAAUGUUAAGUUUAACAGUAUAUUGUUUGGGACAAAAAAAUAUAGAUUUAAUGCUGAUCGUGAAGGAACAAGGGAUGUGCCUGACAUUGACAAGGAUAAAUCAGACGAUGAACAGUAUGUUUAUAGAAUAUGUAGCUUAAAAAUAUGCAUACAUUACAAUGUAUGAAAUAUAAAUGAAAUGUUAAAAUCUGUUCAUAGCGAGGGAGAUAUUCAUUUUACAAUGCCGUUUAUUUCAUUUUAUAUUCCGAGCAUAGCAAUUGAUGUAUUGGUUUUACUAAUAUCAAAAUCUUGGGACAGCUAAUUUUUACUUCAAAAAAAUAAAAAUAACCUUCUGUAUCAUACCUUGCCAAUUUAUUUAAAGGAAUCUUUUACCUAAUCGAAAAAGUGAAAUAUAAUUAAAUUAUUGGUAUUUCUUCGUAAACAGGAAAUGUCAUUUAUAGAUUUAUUUAAAAAUACCCUAUUUCAAUUAUUAUGUUUUUUGUUAAAACAAAAUCGUGCUCUAUAACUCUUAAAUAAGCGAGUUUCAUAAAGCCCUACAAUUAUAAUCGAUAAAUAUAGGUAACUUAUAUUUUAAAAAAAUUAGGUCUCUAACCACUGUUAAACUCCAAACAAAAUUUUUUUUGUCAUCUGAUCAUAAGUGGAUUAAGAAAUAAAUGUCUUAUAACAUUAACUUAAUAUAGACAGUAAAUAAAAGUAUAAUGACUAAUAGCAUUAUCGUUAUUCUUAUUAUUAUGUGUACUUAGCUAUACUACAAUUCCAAUAUCAUCGUUGGGGGAGAAUGUAAUCUCAAUAACUACCGAAGAAGAAUUUAUAAAACGUGCAUCUGAUACACACUAUUUUCCUUACCACGUAAGUUCAUUCUCUCAUAAGUAUCAGAAUAAUAAUAAUAUGAAUGAGUUACAAAUACAUUUUUUGACAGGUCCUAAUAGCAAAGUCAAUUGAUGAACAAGACUUGUGGUGCCAAGGUGUGUUAAUCAAAUCAAACUGGAUAUUAACUUCUAGGACUUGCAUCAAAAAGUAAAUAUUUUAUUUAAAAUAAUAGUACUACAAUGCAGAUUAUUGUAUUUUAUUCUGUUCAAUAAUAUUUACAUUUCGCUGAUAAGUAGAUAUUAUUGCUUUAUGAAAAAUUUGUAUUAUUGUCUUCAUCUUUGUGAUUAGUAAAAAUGCCCCAUUUUUUACGGAGUAUACAUGAGAACUUACAUUAAAAGAUGUAGAAUUCUGUCUGACAAUAUCAUAUUCGAAAUGUUGUUUAAUUCAUCUCAUUAAACCUGAAACAACCAAAUCCUCAUAAUUGGGACUGUGAAAAUUUAUCGAUAUACUUAAAACAAUAAAUAUAGUUGGUGUUUACUAAAAAUAAUAUUACAAUUUUUAUAUUUUACCUUCUGGCGUUUUCACAAGAAUAUGUAGACUACACAUGCAGUGAAGCAAAAAUACAUAAUGAGGAUGCCAGCUUUAUGAAUCAUAUUUUUUACAAAUAAUUUACAUUAAAGGGAUUUACAGUAUUAACAUUUUCAUAUUAUUUUGAAUUGGCUUUUAUAUUAAAUUUCGUACUUAUUUAAAUGCAUUUUAAUUUUGUCUUAGGCACUUUAGUAUUAGAUCCAAGGAAUUCGUGAAUGUAUAUUUGGAUGCAAAUCAUCAUACGAAUUCCAAAGGAAUAUUUUAUUCUCAUGUGACAUUUAGAUACCGUAUAAACGUUGGUAUGAUUGUGUCGGAACCUGGUCCAGAUGGUCUUAAUGAUUUACAGUUAUCGAAAGCAAGUAUUAAGGAGUACAUAUUUAUUUAAUUUGUUUACGUUUAAAUGGGCCAUUUAUUUCAUGCCCAAUUACAUGUAUUUUAUAACAAUCGUUCGAUAACAAUGAUAAUGAUAAAAAAAAAUAGCAAAAAAACAGACAAUAAACAUUUAAUAUAAUACUUAUACCUUUAUAUUAACUCGUUUGAAAAAACUAUACAUUUCGAAAGAGUUAAAGUUUUGUGAUAUGAACACGUCGAUUUUAAUUUUUACGUUGUUUCCAUAAUUCUAUUGGUAAAUGGGAGAUUAUUUAUUCACGCACCGUUAUCACUGGUACCCACUUGCGUUUUUGGACCGGCCGUCCCGCACCCCUGCCCCGCCCAUAGCUUUAUCAUCGCGCAAACCGGUACCGCACCUUCGUGUGUGUGCGACCUUCGCCGUACACCCGUGGCCUGUCGCCUGCAUCCAUUUUUGUGUNGGGAGAAUGUAAUCUCAAUAACUACCGAAGAAGAAUUUAUAAAACGUGCAUCUGAUACACACUCAUUUCCUUACCACGUAAGUUCAUUCAAUCAUCAGUAUGAUAAUAAUAACAAUGUGAAUGUGUUACAUAUACAUUUUUUGACAGGUGGUAAUAGCGGUGUCAAUUGAUGAACAAGGCAAAUGGUGCCAAGGUGUGUUAAUCAAAUCAAACUGGAUAUUAACUUCUAGGACUUGUAUCAAAAAGUAAAUAUUUUAUUUAAAAUAAUAGUACUAUAAUGCAGAUUAUUGUAUUUUAUUCUGUACGAUAAUAUUUACAUGUCGAUGAUAAUUAGAUAAUAUUGCUUUAUAAAAAAGUUGUAUUAUUGUCUUCAUACUUGCGGUCAGUAAAAAUGCCACAAUUUUUUACGCAGUAUACAUGAGAACUUACUUUAAAAGAUGCAGAAAUUCAGUCUGACAAUAUCAUAUACGAAAAGUUGUUUAAUUCAUCUCAUUAAUCCUGAAACAACCAAUUUCCCAUAAUCGGGACAUAAUCACCCAAUAGUAUACAUUUUUUAUAUUUUACCUUCUGGCGUUUUCACAAGAAUGUGUAACCUACAGUAAGUGAGCGAAGUAAAAAUACAUAAUGCGUAUGCUAUCUUUAAGAAACAUAUCUUUGACAAAUAAUUUACAUUAAAGGGAUUAACGGUAUUAAUAUUUUCAUAUUAAAUUAAAUUGGCUUUCAUAUUAAUUUUCGUACUUAUCUAAAUGCAUUUUAAUUUUGUCUUAGGCACUUUGAUAUUGAAUCCAAAACACCCAUGCAAGUAUUUUUGGAUGCAAUUAAUCAUACGAAUUCCGAAGGAAUAUUAUAUUCUAAUGUGGUAUUUAGAAACCGUAUAGACGUUGGUAUGAUUAUGUGGGAACAAGGUCCAGAAGGUGUUGAUGAUUUACUGUUAUUUAAAGCAAGUAUUAAGGAGUACAUAUUUAUUUAAUUAGUUUAUGUUUAAAUGAGCCAUUUAUUUCAUGCCCAAUUGUUGUCCAUUGAUGUUGUCGGGUCGUUUUUCGAUAUAGGUUUCAGCGCGAACGCCCGCAACUCAUAUAAUCGCCGUGUUUCACGUAGACACCACUCGUGUUUACGCCAACAAGCCGCUCUUUGUGUCGGGUUGUUAAUAACAAUCGUUCGAUAACAAUGAUAUUGAUAAAAAAAAUAGCAAAAAAAACAGACAAUAAACAAUCAAUAUAAUACUAAUAUAAUACCUUUAUAUUAACUCGUUUGAAAAAACUAUACAUUUCGAAAGAGUUAAAGUUUGGUGAUUUGAACAAGUCGAUUUUAAUUUUUACGUUGUUUCCAUAAUUCUAUUGGUAAAGGGGAGAUAUUUUAUUCACACACCGUUAUCACUGGUACGCACUAGCGUUUUUAGACCGGCCGUCCCGCACCCCUGCCCCGCCCUUAGCUUUAUCAUCGCGCAAACCGGUACCGCACCUUCGUGUGUGUGCGACCUUCGCCGUACACCCGUGGCCUGUCGCCUGCAUCCAAUUUUGUGUUCGGUGCCAAAGUCGCGUUUUAGUUUCCGUUGUUGUCCAUUGAAGUUGUCGGGUCGUUUGUCGAUAGAAGUUUCAGCGCGAACAACCGCAUCUCAUAUAAUCGUCGUGUUUCACGUCGACACCACUCGUGUUUAGGCCAACGAGCCGCUUUUUCUGCCGUGCACGUGUUGCGGCUUCGUCGUCCAAGCUCCAGUUAACGGGAGCUUAAUCAAGUUCGUUUAUAAACGCUACGUUUCGUUUCGUCACGCGUUUGCGCAGUAUCAUCCGCUUGCGUCCGAUUCGUAUCCGCUAUACACGAUAUUAUACAUCAAUUUAUAGGUUGGCAAAACAUUUGUAAUGUAUACCCGCGUGAUCAAGUUUCCGAUUACACUGUUAUUAUAUUCCUUUUGUUAAUAUUUUCAUUUGUAUGUAUGUAUAUGUAUUGCGCGCAAAUCUAACUUUGGUCAAUUCUAAACCAGCUUAUUUCAAUUUUGUAUAUUUAAAUAUAAUAACGUGCGGGCCUUGCCGCACGUCCACGUUAAAUCACUUGUUUAACGGCAUUUUUAAGUGUGGUCGUCUAGCCCAUAAUCCCUAAACAUCCUAAUAUAUUUGUUUCUUCUCCAAAAAUUUUGUUAUUGAUGCUAACCGCCCAUUAGUAGGAGCAUCUCGGCUUUACAUUAUNUUUGUUUCUAUUUUUAUUUGUAUAUAUGUAUUGUGAGCAAAUCUAACUUUGGUCAAUUCUGAACCAGCUUAUUUCAAUUUUGUAUAUUUAAAUAUAAUAACGUGCGGGCCUUGCCGCACGUCCACGUUAAAUCACUUGUUUAACGGCAUUUUUAAGUGUGGUCGUCUAGCCCAUAAUCCCUAAACAUCCUAAUAUAUUUGUUUCUUCUCCAAAAAUUUUGUUAUUGAUGCUAACCGCCCAUUAGUAGGAGCAUCUCGGCUUUACAUUAUUGCUUGCAUAAAUAGUUACUUCAGUGUAAUUCAGUAUUGAAGUAUUAGUUUAAGGAAUCAUUAAAACCAGCACAAUUUCGAUGCAUAUAACCAAGGAAGUUGUUUGAUCUAUUAGGAAUGUUGUUGACAUUACAUUUAAUAUAAAAUUUACGAAAAACAAAAAAUACCAAGGUCCAUCAUAGUUCUCUUAGUUUGAAGAAGCAUUUCAUGGUACACAUUUUAAUUAUAUGUUCAGAAUAAAGUUUGGUGAUUAUUUUCGUAUCAUUUGCUGUAAAAAUAAAAAUAAAAAUAAAGAACAAAUAAAAUGAAGAUUUUACAAUUUCCUUUGAUUUUAAUAUUUAAAUCUUUAUUUAAAAAAAAAAAAAAAAAAAACUCCAAUUAGCGGCAGUCACGGAUUCAGUUUCAUAGAUCGGUCGAAUUUCCUAUUUUAUUUAUUUUGUAUAAAAACUUAUCCGUUUACGUUAUUUUUUUUAAUAAAACUGUUAGUUACACCGUUACACCUAAAAUUUUUUAUACCUGCACAUUUUUUAUUGAUGUCCGGAACUUGCAUACAUUUUAUAAAUAAUCAAUUUUUAUUUCGAACCAGGUGGCUAACCUAUAAAUAAAUUAAGAACAUCAGACAAAUUCGAUUGCCCAAUUAAAAACUACAAGAAUAUAAUCGGAAUAGGAAAAUGCCAAUAUAUUUUACUUAACGUACAUUAUCAAAAGUAAAUAAAAAUCGUUAUUGUGUUAUUAAUAAUUAAAAAAACCCUAAUGUAUUCGUAAUAUUAACAUUAAAAACAAAGUACAGCAUGUGCCCUGGGCAUAUUGAAGUCAGAUAUUUUUUACAUAUAAAUAAUUUCAUACCCGUUGAUAAUUUCGAAAUACAUCUAUGAAGCUUAACCUUUAAUUUGAUUUAAUAUGAUUUAAUAAGAUUUAACUAUGUAAUAGCUGAUUACGACGCCCGAAACCAGAAAAAUUUCCGCGGUAGUUCUGAAAUUACCAGAGAAUGAUAUUGUGGAGAACGUCAACUGUUUCGUUGUGACCCGUUGUUCGGUGAGUAAAACAUGAUGUAGAAUAGAGUACAAUGACUUAAGAUUUUUUUUUUCUUAAAUGAAAAAAAAAAAUUGUUUUAAUGUGAUCCCUAUCAAUCAUAAUUAUGUUAUGUACAUUGAUGUGUUUUUCAGGAUGGCGUAGUGCGUGGUUUGUUAUAUAAACUUACAGGACAGGAAUUUAAACUGGACUUCGAGGUAAUAUUCUUAACUAUGUCAUUUUUAUAAAUGGUUAUCCUUUUACAGGAUGUUUCUUAAAGCACCAUCUUGUAAUUACUAUACCGUGCACCACUCUGAAAUACAAUAUCUGUUUUUUAAAUUAAUCAGAAAAAAAAACUUUUCGAUAUUUAUCUCUUCCCUACAUUAAAUGAGCAUAGUCGUACCAUGAAUUAAAUGGGCCGUGCGAGCGAGGUAACCGGGAAACAGAGCUCUUUCUGUAAUGUAAUAACAUAUUAUAAUCCUGAAAUUUUUUAAUUUUUUAAACGAAAUAUAUUAUUAUAUUAUAAAACGUUAAAUGUAUUAUAGUUUAAAUUUUUUAUUCUUAUAAGGUUAUGUGUCCAACUUAAUAUAAUGUGUUUUUAAUUUCUUUAAUGAAUUAUGCGGAAUAAAAUUUAAUGUCAAUAUUGAUAAUAAAUUAAUAAGCUAAUUGUUUGCUGGCAUCAAUUAUAUUGAUAUGUAUAUUACAAUUAGUGUACCUAUAAUUCAAUUCUAUAUUUGUUUUGAUAUGAACUAAUAUAAUGAUAUUGUUAUUAUUUAGUUAUUGAAACCAGGGUCUAUCGUUGUAUGUGAUAACCAGCUGUUGACCAUCAAGACCAAUGAUACUUCGUUCUGCCCUCUUUUCUACACGCAAAAAAUUAUAGAAAAACGUAUACAGGAUAUAGAAAAUAAAAAGUCGAUCCGCAAUAAUAAAUGAUAAAGUAUAUUAUUAUUACUUAUGCGGAAGUUACUGUUUAAAAGUAAGAUUUAUUUAUUUGUUUUUUUUCUUUUUCGAAUAUGAUAUUUGUUUCAGGACUACUAAAAUUGACGGACUUAAAGACAUACUCGUGCAUUAUUUCACAAAAUUCAUUCUCCAGAGAAUAAUACUAUAAUUAUUUUGAACAUGUUAAUUUCAAGUUCAAUUAUUCGUUGUUUUAUUAUUGAGUUAUAACUUGUAAUUAUUAUUGUAGACAUAAGAUAAAAUCGUAUAAUUUUCUAUAUUGUAAUUUUGAUGUUUACGUAAUAUAAUAUGGCGAUUAAAUUUACUGUAGAAUUAUAAAUACUAUUCUAUUAUGUUACCUCUAUCCCCGGGACCGUGAAUUCAAUAAUUUCUUUAGUAUAAUGGAUAAACUUCUCCAAAAUCUCUCCCUCGAAAAACAUAUAAAAUUUGGUGAGUAUUUCGAAGUUCGUUUUCGUCAAGAUUCUAAUGAUUGGAACAAUCUGAUUUCCUGUUACUGCUACUUAUAUUUUCCUUAGAAAAUAUACUGUUGGACUGCGACGAUUUUCCGAAAUAGAUGAUCUUUCCUAUUCCAAGUCUAUUUAAAGAAAAAUAAUGAACAUUUGCAUUAAAAUAACUGUAUUUUAGUGACGAAGCUCUAAUAUUCACAGGUUUAAUUUAUUCAAUAUAGUAUUCUGUCAAAAUGUUUAACCUACACACUGUUGUCUUGAUUGCAUCGAAAUACGAUAAACGCGUAUUCAUAUUGAUAUAACACACACUACAUGCUAAUUCACUAGAAAAUCACUCGUUUUUCCCUUCUUUAUUAUGUAGGGAAUUAUGACACUUUAUAUUAUUUGUUAUUUUUAAAUAAAAAUCAAAAAUUUUAGUAUGUUACAAUUUUAGAGUUGAUUAUAAAAGCGGUACUUUGUUUCCGCUUGAGUAUAUAAUGUUGGUUACAUUGUNCCUCCACAGCUUAUUAUCCGGGUCUGACUACACAUACGGUACAAAAGUCUAUUGAAAUGCUUUGAGUAUCUUUUAGAACAUUGCUUACAUAAUUUAACAAUUUUAUUACAUUUUUAAACCAAUGGAAAAAUUAACAUCAUUGAAAAUGUUAAUAAAAUAAUUUUUCGACACUUCCAUAAUGAGUUGUAUAUUUAAAGAAAUUAUUAAAAAAGAUGCAACAGCUAUUCUGUAAACUGUCUAUCAAUUUUAGCCACAUUUUAGCAAUAAACACUGAAUAAAACGGUGCAUUUGGAAAAACAUUUCACUAUUUUCCAAUCGACUAAAACAAUCUUUCAGUGGUUUAAAUACGUCCCUUGCCUUAUAAUAAUCUCAAAUAGUAUAGUUAUAUAUUAUCUCGCUGGAUUACAAGAAAAUGUCUCCUUUAGACUUGCAUCUGGACAGACGGAUUUUUUUUUUCCGAUCAUACCUAUGCAUAACUUAACCUACUAAACAUAUACUAAACUAACUUAACAUUACAUAUUGUACAUUCCAGAACUUCCAGAAACAUUAGCACAGCUAAGAAUCGACAAUUACUAUCUUAUGGAUUUCGACAUUACGCAGGAUUUUGUAGGUGUAUAUAACAAAACGGAAAUGACUCGUUUUCUAACAAACAAUCACAAUUUUUUUACCCGAGGAGAGUACGACGAUGGCAGCAAUAUAAUUGUAGACAAUAACAAGACAGUUUUUAUAGACUCUUUGACAUGGCUAAAUUCGAAUGCCAUUGUUAAAACGUAUAACAAAUUUGUGUGCCAAAUUACCAGUCCUGGAGUCAACAAACUGAUCGGAAACCAUAUUAUUGACUUUAUCAACUGUCCAAAUGCAAGUCUAAAGGAGAUAUUUUCUUCUAAUCCAGCGAGAGAGUAUGGCAUAACACAGAAUUGCUGUUACUUCGUGUUUAAUUAUUUCUUGCAGUACGUAUAUUGGGGCAAUUCGAAUACGAAAAAAAGAAAAAUAGAUAAUUUGUCAAAGACAAUUUCCAUUAAUGAAGACCAUUAGCGUCUGUCAGAGAAAGAACACGAGUAAGAAAUGGUUAAUUUUGGAUACAGAUGGUUUUUACCGAAUUGCUGCUUUUACUGUUAAUAAUAAAGGAAAAUACCCAAACGUUGGAGAAUUUGCCGAAAAAGGUGAGACCAAAUUGCAUGCAUCUUAA